AUGUCUUUGUUUCUGAAAGAUGAUUCGAUUCAAAUCCGCGAAGUAUGGAACUAUAACCUUAAAGAAGAGAUGGAUCUGAUUCGAGAAGUCGUCGACGAUUUUCCUUACGUUGCUAUGGACACUGAGUUCCCAGGAAUCGUCGUUCGACCAGUCGGAACUUUUAAAUCCAACGCAGAUUACCACUACGAAACCUUGAAAACGAACGUCAACAUCCUCAAGAUUAUCCAGCUUGGUCUCACUUUCUCCAAUGAACAAGGUAACCUCCCAACCUGUGGAACAGAGAAAUAUUGCAUCUGGCAAUUCAAUUUCAGAGAAUUCGAUGUCAAUUCCGACAUUUUCGCCACGGAUUCCAUCGACUUGCUUAAACAAUCGGGAAUCGACUUUGCGAAAAACACUCAAGACGGAAUCGAUUCGAAGAAAUUCGCAGAGCUCUUAAUGUCAUCAGGGAUUGUGCUUAACGAAAACGUCCAUUGGGUUACAUUUCACAGUGGAUACGAUUUCGGAUACUUGCUUAAGCUCCUCACUUGUCAAAACCUGCCUGAUACGCAAACAGGGUUCUUCGAGCUGAUCAACGUUUAUUUUCCCACGGUGUACGACAUUAAACACCUGAUGAAGUUCUGCAACAGCCUUCACGGUGGUCUGAACAAGCUCGCGGAGCUUCUCGAGGUCGAAAGAGUUGGGAUAUGUCAUCAAGCUGGUUCGGAUAGUUUACUCACGUCAUGUACUUUCAGAAAGCUCAAGGAGAAUUUCUUCAUUGGUCCGUUGCAGAAAUAUUCUGGUGUUUUGUAUGGUUUAGGUGUUGAAAAUGGUCAGGUAUCGAUUUGUGAGCUCGUUUCUUGGCAGAUAAAAGAAAUCUCUCCUGUGUCGUAA